AUGGCUAAUCGGCACACCAUUAUUCUAAUGCAGACCUCUCAGAACAGAGCAACCCGAACUUUCAUGGAUUAUGAAUCCAUCACUCAGGCCAUGGAUGGCAUAUGUGCAUUGUAUGAAAGGAAACUGAAGGAGUUGAAUCCGGCCAUCAGAAAUCUCUCAUAUGAUAUUACUGAUCUCUACAACUUCAUAGAUGGUCUUACAGACAUGAGCGCCCUAGUGUAUGAUAGUUCAAUUCAUGCUUACUUGCCGCAUGAUCGACAGUGGAUUAAGCAAAAAACCUUCCAACAUUUGAAGAAAUUGGCACAUUGA